AUGUCCUUCGCCACGUAUGCUUACUUUUUGACAAGCGUGAUUGACCCCCGAGACCACCCUUAUGUGCUCGGCGCGACGAAGCCGGUUAGCUCCUUCAUCCAAGCAAUCGAGGAGGGCAAAGGAUCAGGCAAGGAUUAUCUUACCGUCAAAUCCGAGUGGAAGGCCUCUGCCGGUCUCAUGACUUUCGAUGAAGCUGUCAACUCCGUGGCAACCAAAGAACAAUACGAGGUCUACAUGACAGAAGUCGUCGACAAGACCGUUGCAUUGCAGGACCGACGAGCUGCCGCCAAGCGUAUCGUCGGUCAGGAUAUUACAUUCGACUGGGAACUUCCCAGGACGCCCUUGGGCCAGUACAUGUGGCAAUGGUCCACCAAAGCUGUCAUUGAUCGAUGCAUUCUCGCCGCGCCUCUCGGUGAUGUGACGUGGAGUCGUCAAGACAAGAAAGACAUGCACGAGUUCCACACAGCCCUCCGCGAGGCGUACCCGAACCGUCUCUUCGCCUUCGGAUACACGGGUGCGUAUGACUUCAGCAAGGGAGGGUACUCAACGCAGGAGGUUGAGACGUUCCCGGCCGACAUUGCCAAGAUGGGCAUUGUGUGGCAGGUCCAGCCAAUCUGGGCGACCCAGGGCCUCAGUCUGCACGCCAAGCAGUUCGCCGAGAAGUUCAAGAAGGAAGGGAUUGCGGGCUACAUGCGGGACGUUGCCGCCCCCUCCAUUGCCGGCAUGGCGACGGAUAAGUACGGAAAGCCGACGUCGCGUGGGGGCUAUCUUGCUGAUGCCUUCUUCGAUGUCGUGGCCGGAGGGGAUAUUACUGAGCUUGCUUGA